UCUACAACACAUAUGCACGCUGCAACGACGGCGUCAAGAGUAACAUGAUUCUGCGCGACUUGUUGCAAUCGCCCGAGCUCGUUACCGCGCUGCCGUCCGGCUAUCUGCAGCUACUGCGCCUCCUAUUCUUUCCAUCCGGGCUCAAUUUACGGAAUCUAGUCUGGCAUGGAUUCGUCGCACCGAUGGACCUUCCGGGAUGCUUUGCCUCGCUGCUUCUCGUGCUCUUGGUCGAGCCCGUGCUGCUCGACACUGCGAGUGCGCACUUGGUCUACGCGUCGCUGCCGUCGUUUGCACCGUCGACGGCCCCGCUUUGCGCGGCGACCCGGAACCUUUUCGCAACCUUGGACCUCGACAAUGUGUUUGCGGCUGCGUCGGUGCAAGCCAAGGCACGACAACGGCUCGUACAGCGCUCGAUCGACGCCUUGCACGACGGCCACGCACUCUUUUCCCUCUUUUUAUCGAUUCCCGUGCUCGAGUACCUCGUGCGUUGCGACUUUGUACGCGUCAAUCCUAGCGUGCCCCGGGGCAUGGCCCACGCGCAACUCUCCGAGUACUACUCGACGCUCGACGGCUUUGGCCAGCGCUCGCAGCACCAAGUGCUUCUCGCGCGCACUUUGUUCGACUCGGACGACGCCCGCAAUCGACUCUACGAGACGCUGUCACCGAGUGCGUUGGCGGCCUCGGUCGAUCUCUUCAUGUGCGCGGCCGGUCCCAACGUCCGCGCCAAGCUCUGCCACGGCGAAGUCGACUUGGUAACGUCGACGCGUCCAUGCUGUGGUGUGCACACUAGUGUUCUCUAG